AUGGCACGUUAUGAACAAAGAGAGCUUCUAGAGCAAUUGAUGGGGAAAGACACACUCAUCAAUCCAUCAAGACAACGAAGAGAAUUAGGAUUAUCAGAUCCAAAGAUCUGUAAAAGUUUCUUAUUAGGUAUAUGUCCUUAUGAUUUAUUUUCAGGAACAAAGCAAGAUAUGGGGAGAUGUAAUAAAAUCCAUUUAGAGAAGCAUAAAUUACAAUAUGAAAGAGAAGUGGCACAGGGAAAGAAAUUCCCUGAUUUUGAAAGGGAAGUUACAAAUAAUCUAAAUAGAUUUGUUAUUGAUUGUAAUAGAAAGAUUGAUAUUGCUCUCAAAAGAUUGGAACAUACACCUGAGGAGAAGUUGAAGAUUAGUGAAGCUGCUAAGGAGUUGGAAGUUGUUGAUGCAAAGAUUAGUAUUAUGAUACAGGAGAUUGAAAAAUUGAUACAGAAUAAAGAGAUAUUGAAAGCUAUUGAUCAAAGCGUGAAGCUUGAGGAGUUGUCGGUAAAGAAGGAGUACCAUGUUAAAAAAUUGAGAGAUGUUACUGAGAAUGCUGGACAAAGUGCACAACAAAAAUUGCAAGUUUGUGAAGUAUGUGGAGCUUAUCUUUCAAGAUUGGAUAGUGAUAGAAGGUUGAGUGAUCAUUUCCUUGGGAAGAUCCAUUUGGGUUAUGUUCAGAUGAGAAAUGUGUUGAAUGAGUUGAAGAGAAAGAAUAAGUGAUUAGUUGAAGUCUGGUUCUAUGAAUUACUUCAAGGACAUUGAGAGUAUCAGGAUUAAAGAUCUCUGACAAUACUUCAUGUGUUAUCACCAUUUAUUUCCUUCUUUAGGAACAGAUAAAUCACAUUUGGUUAAUUUUAAUGAAUAUUUCAUGACAUUACUCUGAGUUACUUGUAAGCUGCUUUUAUUGGCUCUGAUGGAAACAUUACCAGUGAAAGUUCAUUAUAACUACUUCAUUCCAGCCAUUAAAACCAUUAGGAUUCACUGUCAUAAAGACCAAACCAAAUUAAUUCAACUUUUUGAGGUUACAAUUUACAAUUAUAUAUUGCGGAAAUUUGACGGACACGGACAAUUGACGGACAGUCGGCGGUCGCUGUUUGCGGUCUUCGG